AUGGAAAUUAAUAGGCCUUUCAUUAUUACCAAGCGAUAAGGCGACUCCCUGUUGCCUCCUGAUUGCGAAGAAUUCAAUGAAACUAUCGAGGACAACAUUAGAUUUCUGCAAAGUUCAAAUAUAUUCAUAAUCUGUGCAUUUUUAUACUAGUGCAUUAGAUUUCUAUACUACUUCAUACAUUAUCGAACUACAUGUUAUACAUAUGCAAUUUUGUGCUUAGUUAUAGUAGGUGGCAACAUAUUCUGGAUCGCUAGUUCAACCUAUGGAUUUCUUGGCAUUAAUUCUAGGUCCUCAUCUGAAAUUGGGAAAUACCUCUGUUUGACAUCGUUUGUCUUGGCUAUACGAUUAAUUACUUACUUUUUAGUUUGGGCUCUCAUGCAAGGCUAUGCUUAACAAUAUAAUAUUUUAUCCAAAAGUCGAUUGUUAUAGGAAAGUGUCCCCUAAUAACCAGCUACAACUGAAAUUACUGAUGAUUAGAAGCAAGAAAUCAUAUGCGGCUAAUUGUACCAGGGAACUUUGAUGAUGGUUUAAGCCAUCAUUGAAACAAUGUUCUUGGGAGUCAUCAUCUACUUUGUUGUCUAGGUCAAAAAGUAUAUAACAAAUUACGAAAGCAAUUAAAAAAAAAAAUAAAGGACAUGGAAUCUAUAAGCUUCCAUUGUUUGA